AUGUCAGCCGUCAGUGGAACUGAUCAGCAGCAGCCAAAGGGAACCGCCGCCGCCGCCGCCGAGGACGACGACCGAAACCCGCUGCACCGAGCGGCCAGCGCCGGCCAGAUCAACCUGGUUCGACAGCUGCUGGAAACAACCAAUGGCGUCUACCCGAUCGACCUGCCGGACAGCCUCGGCUGGACGCCGCUGAUCAUCGCCGCCAGCGCCGGCCACCGCGAGGUGGUCGCCUACCUGGUGGAGCGGGGGGCGAACGUCCAGGCGGUGACCGCCAACAGCCAGUCGGCGCUCCACUUCGCCUGCGGCAAGGGCCACCUGGAGGUGGUGAAGCUGCUGGUGGACAAUGGCUGUCCGCUGAACACCCGAGACCGCUUCGGCUACACGCCCUUCAUUCGGGCGGUGCUGGCGAACCGCGAGGCGGUGGUGGAGUACCUGCUGACUGUAUCCAAAGCGGGCAAAAUUGACCUGGACGGGAAGGACAAACUGGGCAACAGCGCCCUGCACAUCGCCUGCGAGGAGGAGAACCUGCGCAUGGUGCAGCUGCUGCUCGAGGCGGGCGCCGACGUGAAGGCCACCAACGGCGAGGGGCGCACCCCGCUGGAGGGCGUCACCAGCCAGAAGCUGCAGCGAUCGCUCAAGGACGUCUUUCUGGAGUUUGGCCGGCCGAGGGAGGCCGGCGCACCGGCGCCCGUCUUUAAGCUCACUCAGCCAUCUCAGGAUAUUUGA